GGGUAAUUGGAUAGUCCUCUAUAGCUGCUGAUCUUGGCUCUGUUUACGUACGGAGGUCUAAUCUCCUAUUAAUCAGAUACAUCCAAGUCACCACACAUAUAAAAGGAGACCUGGAUUACAGUCAACUGUAGUAGCCCAGGAUGCAGCUCCAAAGCAGUGAUUAUUCAAACUCCACCGUGGUGGGACCCGAAGCAAGGGUUGCACCACGGCUACUGGGGUGGAAUGUGCCUGCUGAGGAGCUAAUCCACAUCCCCGACCAUUGGCUAUCCUACCCUGAACCUAGCCCAUUGCUUAACUAUGUGCUCGGCCUACUGUAUAUUAUGUUCAUGCUGGUUGCUCUCCUUGGCAAUGGCCUUGUCAUUUGGAUCUUCAGCAGUGCAAAAUCAUUACGCACACCAUCGAACAUGUUUGUAGUCAAUUUGGCAAUCUGUGAUUUUCUAAUGAUGCUGAAAACACCUAUCUUCAUCUACAAUUCAUUCAACACUGGAUAUGCUUUAGGACAUCUUGGAUGUCAAGUGUUUGCAUUUAUAGGAUCAAUAUCUGGGAUUGGAGCUGCUACAACUAAUGCAGCUAUAGCAUAUGACAGAUACAGGGUAAUAGCAAGGCCAUUUGAUGGUAAACUAACAACUGGGACUGCUGUUCUGUUUGUACUACUCAUCUGGGCUUACACCCUACCUUGGGCGAUAGUGCCACUUCUUGAAAUAUGGAGCAGAUUUGCACCAGAGGGCUACCUUACUAGCUGCACAUUUGAUUACCUAACCAGCUCACCAAGCAAUCAAAUGUUUGUUCUAACAAUCUUCGUGUUUUCAUAUGUAAUUCCCAUGAGCCUGAUCAUGUUUUUCUACUCUCAAAUUGUUAGCCAUGUUGUAAGCCAUGAGAAAUCUCUUCGAGAACAGGCUAAGAAGAUGAAUGUAGAAUCUCUACGCAGCAACACAGCACAGAAUCAGACAUCUGCUGAAAUUAGGAUAGCCAAAGCUGCUAUUGGAAUAUGCUUCCUCUUUGUUGCUUCGUGGACUCCAUAUGCUGUAAUGGCCCUUAUUGGUGCCUUUGGAAAUAAAGCGCUGCUGACUCCAGGUGUUACAAUGAUUCCAGCUUGUACAUGUAAAGCAGUAGCCUGUCUGGAUCCUUACGUGUAUGCCAUCAGCCAUCCACGAUACAGGGUUGAAUUGCAAAAGCGAUUACCUUGGCUCUGUAUUAAAGAAAAUCAACAAUCCAGUGACACAACUUCAACUGUCACAGCAACAUCAACUGGUGCAACUACCACACCAAGUUAAGAAUAUUCUGAUAUGUUACCUCGGACGACGACUUCUGCAAUGUCUACGGUACUGGCAGUUCUUGAAUGGAAUGUGAGAGACCUGUAGAUAUACCCAUUUUUGUUCUUGGAUGUUGUGAGAUAUUGCAAUUUUUGGUACACUAUAGUGUCAUGUGAUCAAUAAAAACUGUGUGAGAGAAAUGCACUUAAUUUUGAGUUCUACAAAACUGAAAAUCACCAUUCGUCUGUGCAUGCUUUUCAUUUAUAAAUGGUUAAUUUUAAGAAUUGUCUCUCUGUUAAUAUCUCUCAACGUGCUCUGAAUAAUGUUUUUUAUGUGUGUCAGACAGUUUCUCAGUCUUUAAUUCUGUGAAGUUAAAGAGAAUCAGAGAAGCGCUGUUAAAAUUUAUCUAAUAAAGGUUCUGAGUUGUAUAGAAAAUUUUUGUGAAAUAGUGUGUGAAAUGCUCAGUGGUCUAUUUUUUUCAAUCAGUUUGUGAUUCCGUUUUCUUUUAUUUGCAGCAGCAAUAAACCACAAUUACUGUA